GUAUAACAGUUGUUAUCUAUUUCCGCUUAAUAUCGCUAGGUCAAGGGAUGCCGUUAGGAAUAGGCGAAUAUCAACCGGGUUAUAACCCAAAAAUUCAUGGCGCUUACGAUCCUGGUCGCUAUUACGGCAAAGCCGACCCAAUAUCGAACGUCAAACUAGGAGAACUCUCUAACUGGAUGGGCAGACGUGAAGUUUCACCACUUGGAGCAUGGAGAGUUGUUCAAAGAGGUAAAUUUAUUGCACUUGUUAGAUAUAAUAUCAGCAUAGAUAUUCAAAGGUUGGCACCGUUGGAUGAAUAA